GGACCCAAUAAGCCGCACAACGCCAGCACAUUAAAUAAAUAAAAUAUUUAACGGGAGGAAUGAACGUUAAACAAAAAGAAAUACGCACAGAACAAAUAAAAGCAUUUACAAAUACAAUAAAAACUCAGUAGCAUAUAAAAUAAAAAUACAUCAAUGCAUGCAGAAUUCUAAUAACACGUAUUGUUAAAAACAAAAAGAACCCCAAAAUAAACAAGAAAUUCAUUAAGAAAAGUGGAGCCGAUUUUCAACCUCACCAACGACGAGAAGUCAGGUUGACCAGCGAUUAGAAGCAACUCAUCACCUCGUCAACAUGGCCUCUCAACGUACUGAUCUGUCGAAUCUCAAUGCUACAUUGUCUGUCAAGGUUCCCUUCGACAAUGUUUGCGUUUUGCCCCAGACUCCCCAGCUGAUUGCCCUCCUCUCAAUCAUCCGUAACAAAGACACGGAAAGAGCUGAUUUCAUAUUCUAUUCCAACCGUAUUAUUCGCCUUCUAGUUGAGGAAGGGUUGAACCACCUCCCGGUGAAUGAGCAAAGUAUCACGACACCAGUUGGUCGUGUCUACGAUGGUCUCACCUUCCAAGGAAAGAUCUGUGGAGUCUCAAUUAUGCGGGCCGGCGAGGCCAUGGAACAGGGUCUACGAGACUGUUGCCGGUCAGUCCGUAUUGGAAAGAUCCUCAUCCAGCGAGAUGAGGACACAGCUUUGCCAAAACUGUUUUAUGACAAGUUGCCAGAAGACAUAGCCAACCGAUGGGUUCUGCUACUUGAUCCAAUGUUCGCGACAGGUGGCUCUGCUAUCAUGGCUGUGCAAGUCCUUAAAGCACGAGGCGUUCCCGAGGAACGUAUUCUUUUCCUGAACAUCAUUGCCAGCCCUGAAGGUGUCCACAACUUUGCAACAAAGUUUCCCCGCCUGAAAGUUGUAACAGCAUUUAUUGAUGAAGUGAGUAAUGUCUGCUCUUGACCAGUUUUCCAAUGUGUUACUGACUAGUUGCUCCAUUAGGGCCUUGAUGAGAAGAAGUAAGCAAUUCAGAGCCUUCGGCUCUCAACAUUCGUUUUGUUUUGUCAUUGACUCAUUAAUUAAUCUGCUUUUAGCUACAUUGUUCCCGGUCUCGGCGAUUUCGGUGAUAGAUUCUACACCAUCUGAGUGUCGUCACCUUGCAUGACGAUCGAGAAACGACGAAGGGCAUGUCCAAGAUUGCUCUAGGUUCUGUGCCUAUUAGGGCGUCCAGUUAUCCAUUUCAAUCGUCUAUAUCAUCGGCGGCGAGACCGUCGCUUUCGUAUCUGUCUUCUGGAUCAUGACGAGCACCUAUAUCACCAUCAUGCCGUAACGUCGAUCGUCCGGUACCGGAGUAUGUGGCGUGUGCAUUAUCUUCUUUGGCAACCGCCUCUGUGCAAAGGUGAAGCGCAAGUAGUUAGCUAUGUAUAGUUCACAAUGGGGUAGCACGUGGGUAGCAUCUCUUACCAGCAGCAUCUACCCAUUCUCCGUAAACAUCAACGGCAGCCGAGAGGUCUGUUUCCAGGUGGUUAGUUAAUAAAAUGACCUUCACUGUAAUCGCGAAGAACCCACAGUUAACUGCACAUUGGAAUUUCUGCCCGCAGAUCCGACAGUCAAGCUGCCCGACUCCAGCCUUUCUGUCCAACUUGACUGUCACUGACUUUUCGUGGUUGCAGAACAAACAGGUAAAAGUUGUCGGCAAAGGGUCGGC